AUCAUACAUAGGAUAUGCCAAACUAAUAAUUUCUACUAAGAACCACCUAAAAACCAUAAAUGCAUAGCAGUUCAUUAGAGAUGAUCUGAAACCAUCCUUUUCGGUCUGUGAAUCAUCUCACAAUCUCGAGUGUUGAACAGGGUUUUGAGAUGUUGGCGAGGAUUGCGAGUCUGUACCCAGCGAGGUUGAUUUUCCGGAAGCGAGAUUUCAGCUCCGAGAUAUUCAUUAGCAGGUUGUCAUAUUACACCACUGAUAAGGAGCUCAGUGAUGCAUUUUCGGCUUUUGGAACUAUAAAGAGCGCAAGGAUUAUUAGGGAUCCAAGAACCAACAGGCCCAAAGGGUUUGGUUUUGUGAAUUAUGCAACUGAAUUAGAAGCUCAAAAGGCAGUGAAGGCAAUGGAUGGAAGGAUCUUUCGUGGAAGAUUGAUCUUUGUGGAAAUUGCAAAACGAAAACCACCUUGUGAGGGUGGUUAAAAAUUGGCAAGUUCAUUUGUUUCUUUUACCUCAAAAAAAUUUCCUCUGCACCGAACCGUUAGUAUCUUCAUUGUUAUAGGCCACCUCAUGUUUUUAGGUGAGAUUUAGGCUUUGUUUGGGGCAACUUCCCUUCGACUUUUUAAAGCAGUUUUUUAGUACAAAAUUUUCAAGUUCAAAA